AUCUCAUCAGCAUGUUCCUCUUCGCGACUCAUUGUAGUCUUCCACUCAUUAGUUGAUAUUAGCGUUUCCUUUCUGUCACCAUGCUGAAUCAACUUCGCGCCCCCAGCAUCUUCCGUAAAUCGCAUGACUACAUGCCCCUUGCCCCACUGCCUCCUCUCGCACGCUCACGGAUCGAUAUCAAGAUCGCGAUAGCAAUAUGCAUCAUCAUCAUCACCACACUUGCCAUAACCAUAAGCCCUCUCGAACCGGUCGAGAGGGCGAGAGGGUUUGGGAUACUAAAGUCUGCUCCGCUCUCCGCAGAUGACCCUAUACCCAGUAUCGUCCACUACGUAUACAUUAAGAAGGAUGCCGACUUAGUCAUAAAGUUCCCAUUUAUUAUAUUCGCUUCGGUCAUGUACAUCAAGCCGACGCAGAUCUACAUCCACGCCGACUACAAUGAGACUGAGAUCAGGAAUGCCAGCAUGAAGGGCGACCGGUGGACACGUGCAGUUACUAACACCUUCCCAGACAUCCUGCGCUGGAACGGGGUCUACGUGCCCAACUUCGCCGGAUCCAGCACGAACCAACGCAUUAGUGCUAUUCAGCACAAGUCUGACUUCAUCCGUUGGGACACGAUCGCAAAUAUUGGUGGAAUUUACCUCGACUGGGAUGUCGUUCCCCUCCGACCCCUGACACCGCUUCUGAACGCUGGCUCGCUUUCGUUGGCGGCCAUCAGUACGGUGACGCAGUCGAACAGCACAAUGGCACGCAUCAUCGUGCGCGAGCAGCACGCAGGCUUCAACGGUGCAUGGUUAUCGAACCUGCACAGCAUGACCAUCAUCGCCGAACACCUCGUCACUAUUCCCAACGAAGUCCUUAUCCUCGACCGCAACUCCCUCGCACCUACCCACUGGUUCCAAGACUCAAUAGACAAGCCCUUCAUGCCCCAGCCCGGCCGACCGUCGCCCGAACCCGUAUUCGUAAACACCACAAAUGCGAUGGAACUGUACGAGAACGUCGUGCUGAACAGGCGGAGGCAUGCGGAUUGGGAGAUCGACUUCUCAUCCACGUAUCUGUUGCAUGGAUUCUCCAUGAGUCACUACCACGACUACAUCAACCCAAAGAUCAUCCUGAGCAGAACGAGCACUUUUGGUGUUGCGACGUACGAGACUGUGAAGAAGAUGAAGGCGGACGGUAUCAUCAGUGGCAACGAGGAUGGCAAGGAGCUUUUGGGUUUCCCUGAUGAGCUGGACUUGGAUGAGGCAGGGGAUUUGACACAUGCGCUACAUGCUACGAUGCCGCCUUUCGAUAUUCCUGUAGAGGACAUUCUUCCUCCAGAGAACAAGGGGACAGCCUCCUAG